AUGACAGUGCGCUCGAAUGAUGACGAUGCGCCCAAAUGCCAUUCAGGCCCAUCGUCCACGCCAGCAUCUGCGCCCUUCCCGUUUGAGAGUGUAGUGCCUCCACCACCAUCUACUUUUCUUGGCAACUUUGUUGCCGUAGCAGUAACAGUUGGACAAUACGUUUCCCUGUGCGUCUUCUUCUUCUUCACAUGGCCGGUGCUGCUUCCUUUACACUGGCUGCUGGUGGUGUUGGACCGGCAUAACCGGCGGAGGGUUAUGCAGCACCAGCAGCAGUGGCCAUUCCAGAGCGUGCCACACGUACGCCCGAUUCGUGUCCCCGCGUCAAGAGAUUUCCCUCUUGAGAAUUGGCAUCUGCGCUGCGAGGAUGGUCGUCAACGCUGGCACUACGGUGAACUGUUGAACGAGGAGGAGGGCAACAAACUCGGCAAGACGCAAGCCGCAGGGCUGGAGUACAUUCCAUCCAGUGAUAUUCCCAUGAUUGGGGCUCACUAUGAACAGGCGGAGGCGGCAGUAGCCACACCAACGAAAGAGCUGGACAUGCGUUUUAUCAAGGCGGAGCGGCGCCGCUUUCUGGAGCAGUACCAGCUCGGUCUCAUGGGUACCGCACCCGUGAAACGGCGCCAAACGCCGGAGGAUGCUAUGCGGGACGGGGUUAAGUUUCUGCUUCGGCUGCAGGACCCGUAUUCGGGUCAUUGGCCGAACGAUUACAGCGGCCCUUUGUUCCUCGCCCCUGGAGUCAUUUUCGUGAAAUUUAUUAUUGCAGGUGGAGAUAUCAAAAAGAUGUUUCCACCACACAGUGAUCACCGGCACAAGGAUGAUAGACCGUGCCGCUGUGGGGAUGCAGAACGUUUAGAGCUGAUACGAUACUUGCGCAAUUACAUGAACACGGAUGGCGGUUUUGGUCAGCACACAGAGGGCCACAGCACAAUGCUUGGUACUGUGCUGAACUACGUGGCACUUCGUUUCAUGGGGGUGCCAGCUGAUGAUGCAGACAUUAUUCGUGCGCGUUCGUGGAUACACAGCCAUGGUGGAGCGGUUUCCAUCCCAACAUGGGGCAAAGUAUGGCUCUGCAUUGUGGGUUUGUAUAGCUGGGAUGGUAUUAAUCCCGUGCCCCCAGAGAUGUCGCUUCUGCCUGAGUGGAUGCCGUUUUCACAAGGCCGGCUGUGGUGCCACAGCCGUGUCGUCUCUGUGCCGUUUUCAUAUUUGUACGGUAUGCGAUGGAUGCCACCACCUCACGCAGUAUUGGAGAGCCUGCGACAGGAGUUAUACACUGAACCGUACAGCCGGAUUCAGUGGGAUCAGCACCGCAAUAACAUCUGUGUCAAGGACUGCUAUACACCACUUUCACCACUCUACUUGCUUCUGACAAAAAUGCUUUUGUUCUACGAGCGGUGGCACAUCAAAAGUCUCCGCAAGCGCGCAAUGGAGGUGGCAUGGACGCACAUCGCAUACGAUGAUGAGAACACACACUUCAUAUGUCUCGGUCCAGUGAACAAAGCGCUGGAUAUGCUCGUUACGUGGAUACGUGAGGGCGAAAACAGUGGGCGCUACAAGAACCACGUUGAUCGCGUAGAUGAUUACUUCUUCAUGGGGCCAGAAGGCAUGCGUAUGAGCGGCUACAACGGAUCGCAGUUGUGGGACACAUCAUUUGCUGUUCAGGCCAUCUGCGCCUGCAAUAUGGAGCUCCUGUAUCCACAGGAAACAGCUCUAGCUCACCAUUACGUGGAUGUUGCACAGGUUCGAGAAGAUCCUGAGGCGGCCGCGCACUUCUACCGUCACCGCACCAAAGGCGCAUGGAACUUUAGCACUGGCCCGCAGUCAUGGCAGGUGUCAGACUGCACCGCGGAGGGCCUUCGUGUGGUGCUGCUGCUACGUCACAAGCCGUUUUUAGUUACCCGCAUCCGCGACGCCGUGGAUGAGAUAUUGUCGUUGCGCAACAGAGGCGGUGGGUGGGCCUCGUACGAGCCCACGCGUGCACCACUUUACGUGGAGCUUCUAAACUGUGCCGACCUAUUCAAGAACGUGAUGACGGAUUACUGCUACGCCGAGUGCAGCAGUAGCUGCAUCCACACCUUGUCCCUCUUUCGCGAACACUACCCGAAUUAUCGUCGGGCCGAAGUGAACACCGCCAUUCGCGAGGGUGUGCAGUGCGUCCUGUCGCUGCAGUGCCCAGACGGCGCGUUUUACGGAAGCUGGGCCGUUUGCUUCACGUACGCUGCGUGGCUAGUCGCUAGUGCCUUGUAUGUGUCCCACGAGAUUGCCGACAUGGCGAACCAUCCCGCCUGCCUGCGCUUGAUUGACUUCCUACUGGCGCGGCAGAACGCCGAUGGCGGGUGGGGUGAAGACGUCACCGCCUGCGCGCGUGGUGUGUGGGUCGACAACCCGAACGGCAGCCAAGUCGUGAACACCGCGUGGGCCGUCAUGGCCAUCAUGGCGGCGGCCGGCGACAGUGCCCGGAGCAAGCCGAAGCGACGUGAACAGAUUGGCGUCGCAGUGGAGCGCGGCAUCCGCCUGCUCAUGUCACGACAAUUGGCGAGCGGGGACUGGGCGCAGGAGCGCAUCAGCGGCGUGUUCAACGGCAAUAACCCGAUCCACUACCCAGGGUACAAGAACAGCAUGCCGGUAUGGGCGCUCGGCACGUACAACAGCUGGAAGAGAAGCUACACAAUGGCGCGGUACCGCUGA